AUUGUUGAAAAAUGUUUACACAUGUGAUUUUGUGUAUAUUUUUCGUUGUUAAUUUAGUUGACGGUCAUUUAAAAGAUAUGGGCGAAGUGACAGUUAACUGGACUGCUAUGUUUUAUGAACUUGAAGAUAGAAUAGUAGGUGGUGAACCGACUAAUUUGAAGCGGUAUCCUUUCAAUGUCCAGUUCUUCAACUACGGUGGCAUGUGCGGUGGCACUAUACUCACCAGCAAGACUGUUAUGACCGCAGCUCACUGUUUCGACCAUAAUCGAAAUAUAGCUGAAAUGACUAUAUUGUCCAAUUCGCGUUUUAUAUUCGAUCCCCAAGCUCACACACACGAAGUAUGGGAUUUCAAAGUACAUGAAUAUUACAAUACAAGUGCAAUGUUCUCUAACGAUAUAGCUCUCAUACUAGUGCAUUAUGAGUUCCAGUUCGACGAGAAUGUAAAGCGAGCUGUUCUUUGUGAUACUGAUACAUGGAUGAAUGAAAAUGAAGUCUUCGAAGCCACCGGCUGGGGGGAGAUUAAGUACAAAGGUGAACUGUCUAACAGUGGACUGAUGAGGACUCAUCUUCGAUACGUGCCACCAAAUAAAUGUAUGAAGUCAAACAAGGUCAUCCUCACUCCUGAUAUAUUUUGUUUGUUCGGCGAUGGUCAGAGGGACACCUGUAAAGGAGAUUCGGGAGGAGGAAUAUUGUGGAAUGAUGUAAUAGUUGGCAUCGUGUCCCACGGUAACGGGUGUGCAGUAGCACCGGCGAUGUAUACCAACGUAUUUUACUUCAGAACCUGGAUCUACAGAACUAUUCGGAAGCUCAACGAGUCAUAUUGUCAAUUUCAUAAAUCCCGUAGCCACGUUAAACCAUGA